CAGUUUUUAGUCGCGACUCAACCACCUCGUCGAUAGUUCGUGUCGCUUGUCGUCUUUCGCCGAACCGAACUUCAAACCAAACCGUCAGUGAUCGUUUCAAUUGUUCGAUCUAAAAGCAAAGGGUACCGAUAUCGAUCGCGAUAAACUCAAGAAACAAAGUGUUUAGGUGUUUUUAAACUACGAUCCAAUUUGAUUAUUAAUUCGAGGGCAUUGCAGUGGCCAAAAAAUGGCUUGUCCUUUAUCCGUUGGCAUUGCGGAGGAUCUCGAUCAAGAUGGCGACCAAUUGACCGAGGGCCCGGGUAUGCUUUACAGCGAGUACCUUCGUUUGGACAAAAUCCUGACCGCGCAGAGAUUGUUGAGCGCCGAAUACAACAAGGAAGUGCACGACGAGCAUCUGUUUAUCGUCACUCAUCAGGCGUACGAGCUUUGGUUCAAGCAGAUCAUCUACGAAUUGGACUCGGUGAGAUUGCUCUUCAACCCGGAGACCAGCGACUACGACUCUCUGAACGGUACACCGAACAAUCGUACCGGUGUUCAGAAGAAUCGGCUCUCCCAGGUUCUGAACGAGUCGAGAACCCUGGAGAUCCUGAAGAGAUUGAACCGCAUCGUCCUCAUUUUGAAACUACUGGUGGACCAAGUGACGAUUUUGGAAACCAUGACGCCGCUGGACUUCAUGGCGUUUCGGGACUACCUGUGCUCCGCCUCCGGUUUCCAGUCGCUGCAGUUUCGUUUGUUGGAGAACAAGCUGGGCGUGAAGCAGGAGCACAGGGUCAAGUACAAUCAGAGUUACGUGAGAAUCUUCGGACGGGAUCCGAAAGCCAUCGAGGCGAUCAAACGCUCGGAGGAAGAGCCGAGCCUCAGCUGUCUCGUCCAAAGAUGGCUGGCGAGAACGCCGGGCCUCGACCCUCGCGACUUCGACUUUUGGGGAAAGUACAAAAACGCCGUCGACAAGCUGAUCGCCGAACAGGAACAACUAGCCCGAAAGCAAACGAAGGAGCAGCUUAGAAAUUAUUACUUGUCGAACGUGCGCUCGCGACAGGCAGCCUUCGACACGGUCUUCAACGAGUCCCUUCACAACGCGCUGGUGUCGCGGGGCGAGAGGAAAUUCGCCUACGCGGCUCUUCAAGGCGCCGUGAUGAUCACUUUGUACCGCGACGAGCCGAGAUUCAGUCAACCCCAUCAGAUUCUGACCGCGUUGAUGGAUAUCGAUUCCCUUAUCACGAAAUGGAGGUAUAAUCACGUUCUGAUGGUUCAGAGAAUGAUCGGAUCUCAGCAACUCGGAACCGGGGGAUCUUCCGGUUAUCAAUACUUGAAGUCUACUCUAAGCGACAGGUACAAGGUGUUCUUGGACCUGUUCAACCUGUCCACGUUUUUGAUACCUCGCCAUAUGAUCCCGCCGCUGACAAAGCAAAUGAAAACGAAACUGUCCAUUGCCUGCAACGGAUGGAAUCCGGACGACAAUCAGAACAAUUCCGACUGUACGCUCGAGAAUACCUAAAUGGACGAACACACAU